AAAAUACCAAUGUGUUCACUCUGCCUAUAAAAAACAAUCAGCUGGUAUCGGCAUGGCGAAUUGCAGGUGUUAUCAUCGUUACUACAGCUGUUUAUAACAUCUUUACAGUGAAACGUCAAAUUACGCGUAUAAAAAGUUUUCAACCAGAUUCUAGUCUGUCAAACUCCACAUAAACAAAUUAAUGAAUUCGACUGUGUUACCUUCUAGUGUACGUUUUAUUUUUAUAAGUUUAUGUGUUAUAUUGUAUAUUUUUUCAAUAAAAAGCAUGGUUUGUUAAUUAUUACAGAAAUAAUAAAAUUAAGUUAUAAGGUGAAUUAAUAUUUUCAAGUUGAUGUAGAAAGGUUGACCUUUUUAAUACAUACAUACAUAUAUAUGUAUGUACCUAUUCAACAGGAAGAUACUUAAAAUACCGUAUUUUUUAAAAAAGAGGGAAUACAUCGAAAUUAAUAAGGAAAGGAAAGAAUGGCAGAUAAUUUAUUAGUUCCUCCAUCGGAGGGUACAAAUUCGUCGUUAUUGACUGCGGCAGUACCACAAAAAUUUCAAAAUACCGGUUCCGCAACGGGAAAUCCACGCAACAAAUGUGCGCUAAAACCCGGUCAUUCUUUAAUGGAUUGGAUAAGGUUGGGAAAUUCAGGCGUUGAUUUAUCUGGUACUGGUGGACGAACGGUGUCAGUAACAAGGGAAGAAUUGGUUAAGCAUAACACAAGAAAUAAUGCUUGGAUGGCAAUAAAUGGCGUUGUAUAUAAUGUAACAAGAUAUAUGGAUUUUCAUCCUGGAGGAGUUGAAGAACUUAUGCGCGGUGUUGGCUCAGAUGCUACUAAACUCUUCAAUGAAGUACAUGCUUGGGUUAACUAUUCGCAGUUACUAAAUAAAUGUCGUAUAGGCCCUCUUACAAACACCGUUAAAAUGGAAUCCAUAAUUAAGGAAUCACUAAGUCCACCUAAUAAAACUCCAUUCGAUUUAUUUGCAAAACCCGUAACAGAGUUCGAUGUUGUACCCCGUUUGGACUGGAUACAGAAACAUGAUGAUAUAACUUUAUUUUUUUAUACAAAGCAGUUAUGUAAUCCGGGUUCUUUAAUACGGCUAGUAAAUAAUGAGGACAAUCAUAUUGAAAUAUGGAUUCUUAUUGGCUUUUAUCUUCAUAAAUUUGAUUUUACAUUACAAGGACGAGUAAAAUGGCCACCAAAACUAAUGCAAAUAUCUACUGAAAGUGGUAAAAUUGAGGUAAAAUUUAAAAAACAUGACGAGCAAAUUAAAUUGUGGAGUGAUUUGGGCAAAUAUAAUAAAUCGAAAAUAUUGUCUACCUCUUCAGAGUAUGAGACAUCAUUGUUAGAUUUUAAAAUGUCUUACAAACACCAAUUUAAUAAUGAUUCUUUCGUCAUUUCGUUGAAAAAUGAAAACAUUAUUUAUACUCUUCCAAUAGGCUAUCAUAUAACAAUUGAAGAUUGCGUAAAUGAAAUAAAAAUGACGAAAUGUUAUACACCUGUUCCUAAGAAAUAUGUCGAUAAAUACUUGAACAAUGAAAUGGGCAUGGAAUACAAACAUUUUCUAAUAAAACAAUAUCCUCAUCGAAACAGUUUUUCCCAUUACUUGUGCAAUUUGGAAAUGGAUACAAUAUUGAAACUUUCUUUACCGAAGGCAAAUUUCAUACUGUCGACGUUAGCAUCGCAUAGAAGAUUGUGUUUUCUUGCAGCAGGCAGUGGUUUGACACCAUUUUUAGGGCUGAUAGAGCAUUUAUUACAAAGAAACACAAAUCGAAUAGAUGCUUUAAAAUUGCUUUAUUUUAAUAAAACGUCGGCAGAUAUUUGGUGUAAUCAAAUGUUAAAUGAUUUAUCUAUAAAUGAUGAAAGGUUUGAAAUUGUCAAUAUAUUGUCAAACGCUGAAGAGUCUUGGUCUGGCAAAAAGGGGAGAGUGAGCACAGAAUUAUUAUUUCCUAUUGUAAACAAAUCUAUGGAUAACAUUUCUUAUAUUGCUGCAUGUGGUCCAAAUAAUUUUAUCUUAAAUGUGGAAAAAAUACUUAACGAAUUAAAUUUUCCUAUUGACAAUUUAUUUAUAUUUUAAAUACUUUACAUAUGUAAAUAAAUUAUGCAGAAUCAUGUACAUACAUAUGGGCAUUUCCAACGAAAAGUAUAUUUUUUGUCACAUCACGUCAUGCACAUUAAUUGACAAUAUCUUAGGACCAUUCUUUUUCAUUGGUUGCCUCAUACACAUAAAAAUAUAUCGAGGGACUAUAUUCAAUAGUCCCUAUCUGUCAUUUUCAAGAAAAUAAGAUUUUUAUGGCAAAAUAUCCAGCAAACUAUCCCGCAUCAGCUAUUUUAUAGCAAUUUUUAAAUUUCUGUAUCUUAAAAAAAGAAAAAUUCUGAAUGAAAAACUUUCUAUCUUAUCCAAAAAAUGCUUCAAACUCUAUUAUUUUGGAUAAUUUUCUGUUGCAAAACAAGUGUUUUUACUAAUUAUGACACUAAUUUGAUUAGUUUUGUAGCCGUGUUUAACCAUAUAACAUUGAUUUUGGACCAAAAUCUUGUAAUCUGUUGCUUUUUCAACAAUUUGGUUUAUAUUAUUUCAUUAAAUUUAACUAUAGAUGGCCUUUUAGGCUCGGUUAUAACGUUCAAUAAAAUAAAUAAAUAAAUUGCAUAAAAUAUAAUAUUUAUUGAUCAAAUAAAAGAUUUAUAUUUCUAUGAAAAACUCUAUCUGAAGGUUGUAAAAAAAAUUUUCGUAGAAAAAAGCUCUAUCUGAUAUAAAUUUUGUGC